AUGCGUCGACCUUCGGUGGGGGAUCGUGGCAAGAAGCCGUCGGGAUACAGCUGGAAGGAGACCAGUGACGCCAUGAUGCGUGACGGCUGGUUGUCACGUGUGAUGAAACAGCCGGUGAACAAAUCCAAUUGCGGCCGGUUACACUCAUUCGAGGCUCAUAAACUUCACCUUUGUCGCCACCACCACCACCAUCCUCGUCACAUCCAACACCACCACCUCGCAAAUCUGUAG